AUGGUUUCUUCCACACUCCUCCUGGCCACCUUAGGCGGCCUUGUCACUCGUUCUUUCGCUCAAUCGCUGUCCGACAAUGUCAACGCAGAAGUAACGCUUGCGUCUGCGGGCACCUCGGUGAUCCUCAGUGCAAGCCCUUCUUCUUCAGGCUCUGCCACAUCAAGCACAGUCCAGCCUGUCACUCAGAUCUCUGAUGGCCAGAUCCAAUCGCCAGCUCGCUCCACCGCUUCGCCCAAUGGUACUCUGACUGCCACCCCUGGAAUUGUCGCCUCCAAUGCCACAUCUACCGUUGAUGUCGCCGCAGCCUCCAUCAGUCCCAAUGGAGGCAUACUAUACAUCGCACCCAACACUACUACUCCGGAUCAAUCGAAGCUGGCGGCACGAAGCGAAUGCCAGGCUCUCAUGGAUAGCCAACUGCCUAGCAAGAAUAGCAUCCCUUCCAACUACAACUUCUCUGGCACUGUGAGAACAUACUACGUUACUGCCGAAGAAGUGGCCUGGAAUUAUGCACCUGAUGGCUGGGACAACUGGCUCGGGGUACCCGUUCAGAACUCUCCCCACGCUGCUGCCGCUGGCUACCUCAACCUAACUGGAUCCAUUGGUGCAAGUUGGGGACUCGAGUUCCAGAAGGCUGUGUACAAGGGCUACACGGAUGACAGCUUCACUACCCAGACCGAGCAACCUGCCACCAAUGGUAUCAACGGUCCUAUCCUUCGUGCCGAGGUCGGCGACAUGAUUCAAAUCAUGUUCGUCAACAAUCUGUCAGAGAACUACGCGUCAAUGCACAGUAUGGGACUGUACUACGGCAAGCAGUACGAAGGGUCUCUUUACCCCAACACUACUGAUGGCUCCACACCCAACGUGCAGGAACAAGAUGCUGUCCCUCCCGGUGGAUGCGCUGUAUACAAAUGGAUUGUCAGCGACUCGCAAGCUCCAGCCCCAGGUCAAAGCAGUCGUCUAUGGUCAUACCACAGCUUCGUCAACAUGCCAUCUGAUAUUUCUGCCGGUCUAUCGGGUCCGAUCAUCGUCUACAACAGCGGCGAGAUGAACAGCACCAUGUCUGCCCACCGAGAGUUUAUCGUAACAACCAACACGCAUUACGAGGCCAAGUCAUUCAUGGCGGGCAAGAAUGCAAAGAAUGCCCAUGUGGACACCAGCAGUCUGCGUCAGACGGGCCAGCUUGUGCAACCAUAUAUCGGUAACGAGAGCUUUUGGGUUCCACAAUUGCGAAACUUCCCUGAGGUAUUGCUCAGCGAUGCUCAGGGACCUAUCUUCUACACGAUGAAUGGGUACGUGUUUGGCAACGGAGCACCAUACGAGAUGUGCCGUGACGACCCAGUCAUCUGGUACGUCAUGGCAUUCGGAGCAGCUUCGCACGUGUUCCACUUGCACGGUAACAACUUCCAGUACAAUGAUAUCUGGCAGGCUAGUCAGAGCGUCAAUGCUGGUGAGAUGUUCACCUUCAAUAUGAACGCUCAGCUGCCUGGCGUUUGGCAGCUUCUGUGCCACGUGUCUAGCCACAAUCUGUAUGGCAUGCAGCAGAACUAUGUCGUUCACGGCAAUGAGCAAGAUGGACAGUCUUGCCCUCUGACGCCGUUGACAGCAAAGUUGGCUGGUUCGCCUUGA